AUCCUCCCCUUCCGUUUCCCUCCCUCUCUCUCUCUCCCUGCGUCCGCGGCCUGCGCCUUGGCCUCUUGCCAUUUACUAUUUAUUAGGCGCCGUGUAGGUGGCCGGCCAGUACGAUCCAUCCAUCGAGCGCCAUUGCCCUGCCUGCCUCUGCCCGCCCGCCAACCCCGUCGUGUGGGUAGGUCCGUACGCGCUCCGUGGGCGGCUGCGGCAGUGAGUGGAGUGAGUGGGGAGUGAAGAGCGACCUCUGCUCUGCUCUGCGAGGCUGAGCCAUGGCCGGGCUGCGGCUUCUUGUUGGGGCGGUUUGGUUGCUGGCGGUGCUGCGGCAGGGCGCCGCGGCGGAGGCGGGGGCCGUCACCGUGGACGGGCGGCGCGCCAUUGCGUCCACGGGCGAGGACUUCGUGUGCGCCACCCUCGACUGGUGGCCGCCGGACAAGUGCGACUACGGCACCUGCAGCUGGGGCAACGCAUCCCUCCUCAACCUGGAUCUCUCCAACAAAAUCCUGCUCAAUGCCAUCAAAGCCUUCUCGCCGCUGGUGCUCCGGCUGGGCGGCUCGCUGCAGGACAAGGUGGUGUACGGCACGGCGGACCGGCCGGGGCCGUGCGCGCCGUUCAACAGGAGUAAGUCGGAGAUGUUCGGCUUCACCCAGGGCUGCCUGCCCAUGCCCCGCUGGGACGACCUCAACGCCUUCUUCGAGAAAUCCGGGGCGAAGAUCGUGUUCGGGCUCAACGCGCUCAACGGCCGGGUGCCACUGCAGGGCGGGGCCAUGGGAGGCAACUGGGACACCACGAACGCGGCGUCCUUCAUCCGGUACACCGCCGGCAAGGGCUACAAAAUCUAUGGCUGGGAGCUCGGGAACGAGCUCAGCGGCACCGGCGUCGGGACCAAGGUCGGCGUGGCUCAGUACGUCAAGGACGCGAUCGCCCUGAAGACGACGGUGGACGCCAUCUACCGGGGCAGCCCGGAGAAGCCGCUGGUGCUCGCGCCGGGCGGCUUCUUCGACGCGCGCUGGUACGGCGAGUUCAUCGCCAAGACCAAGCCCGACAUGCUCAACGUGGUGACCCACCACAUCUACAACCUAGGGGCAGGGGUGGACAGGGACACACAGCUGAUGGACAGGAUCCUCAACCCGAAGGCGCUCGACGGCAUGGCGGGCCCGUUCAGGGAUCUCCAGGGGCUGCUGAAAGCCGCGGGGACGUCGGCCGUCGCCUGGGUCGGGGAGUCUGGAGGGGCUUACAACAGCGGGCAUCACCUUGUCACCGACGCAUUUGUGUUCAGCUUCUGGUUCCUGGAUCAGCUGGGGAUGUCGGCGAAAUUCGACACCAAGAGCUACUGCAGGCAGAGCUUCAUCGGUGGGAACUACGGCCUGCUGAACACGACCACAUUCCAGCCAAAUCCUGACUACUACAGUGCUCUGCUGUGGCAUCGCCUGAUGGGAACCAAGGUGCUGGAAGCCAAGUUCACGGGCAGCAACAUGGUCCGCGCCUACGCGCAUUGCGCAAAGCAUGCUCCGGGGAUAACCCUGCUGCUCAUCAACCUGCACGUCAACGCGACGAACCACGUCUCGGUGGCGGGCCGCGGCGGCGCGCACGCCGGAGGAAGGAAGCACGGGGGGAGGUUUGCUCAGCCGCCCGGGGCGGCGAGGGAGGAGUACCACCUCACGCCCGAGGGCGGCAACAUCCAGAGCCAGGUGAUGCUGCUGAACGGCAGGGCGCUGGCCGCCGGCGCCGACGGGGGCAUCCCCGGGAUGGAGCCUGUGAAGGUGGACGCGGCGCGGCCCAUCGCCGUGGCCCCCCGGUCCAUCGUGUUCGUCCACAUGCCGGAUUACCAUGCCCCUGCGUGCGCUUAGUUAGGGCUUUUUGGUGUUCUUGGUUGGUAUAGGUAGUGGUGAUAAAAGGGUGGCUUGCUAAGCAUGUCCAUCCUAGCUAGGAUAGUUAUAAGAUGGGUGAAGAGUGUGUGUGGCCUUGUGUGAUUAGAUGUAAUAAGUUUGGAGGGGAAAUUGAAAUAGUGGAACAAGAGGCAAUGGGAAUAACUCUUUCCUGGUUUCUGCUGA